AUGCUCUUGCAAGAGCGGAGGAACCAGGUCCUCACCUCCUACCUGUGGGUCCGUCAGGCCUGGCUGGACGCCCACCUCGCCUGGGACAAGGACGCUUACGGCGGCAUCGACAGCAUCCGCAUCCCCAGCAGCUACGUCUGGCGGCCGGCCAUCAUCAUCCUCUACAACGACGCCAACGACGGCUUUGGCGGCUCGGUGGAGACCAACGUGGUGCUGCGCUCCGACGGGCACAUCACGUGGGACUCGCCCGCCAUCACCAAGAGCUCCUGCAAGGUGGAUGUCUCCUACUUGCCCUUCGACGGGCAGCGGUGCCGCCUCACCUUCGGCUCCUGGACCUACAAUGGGAACCAGAUCGACCUCCGCAACCGGCUGGACACCGGGGACCUGACGGACUUCGUGGAGAACGUGGAGUGGGAGGCGCUGGGCAUGCCGGCUAAGAUUGCCGAGAUUACUUUGCUUUUGAAUGGGAAGACCCAGAUAACCAUCGGAAACAAUUACGGCGGACGGUAUUGCCCCAAGGCUUUACCGAAUCUCCGAACUUGUUCGGACAAGCCUUAG